UUAAAUUAAAAGCAAUAAAGAAGGAUGUUGAUAGUUUUGUUCGAUAUUUUAAGAGUAUGGACUGUUUACCUAACUAACUAAACAUAACCUUUUUAUUUACAUCAUAUACAUCAGACGCUCCCUCAAACGUUCAAUCGCUCGUUAAAACGCAUUGAAAACCGCUUCACUUAUACAAAGUCGCUAAUUUUAAAAACAAAGCUAACUGUUUCGAGCGACGAAACCAAUAAUAAUAAAGUGUCAAAGAAAGGCAUGAGGAAGUUUUUGCACAAUCUGCAACCAUCAAGCACCGCCAAGGAAAGUUUGGUGGGUGGUGGCAGGACACAGCGGGACAUGGCGAUCAACGGCAAACCUGAACAGACAUUCAACGAGACCGAAGCACUCGCUACAGAAACUCCUUCUGUUGUUUCAUCGUUGUACAUGAAAUUGUUAACUGAAGAUCUUACUUCUUCAGAUGGCCCGAGUGAAAAAUAUUGGCAAGUGCUCUCCGAACGUCGAAGAAAAGCUUUAUCAGAGGCAUUGGAAGAACAGCAACGAUUACAAGCAACAGCAAUUGCUUUAGAAGAAGAAAAUUUGUCUUUGGAGGUAUUGAUUGAUAACACUACUGAUCUUGUCAACACCCUUAAGGAAAUGAUGAAUGAAGAGACUUCUGAUGACGAUCAUGAGCCAUCUAAUGGACAGGAAGACAGUGAUUUGAGUACGCCAGACAGUUAUUUGAGUGUAGAACAUAUACAUAAGAAAAUGAAGACAUCACCAGAUGAUAUUUCAGAUAUCGACUAACAGAUUUAAAUUAUACCUAUACUUAAGUAUUACAUCUAAUCUAUAAAUUGCUAACAUAAUAAUAAUAUGAUUAUUUUACAAAAAUUUCACAAGUUUCUAGUAUGUUUAUGUUAAUUUAUUUUAUAUCCAUAAGGAUAUUAUAUUAAGUAUAAUAAUUAUUUUUUUGUUUCACAUUUAAUUAUAUAAUUGUUUGGUAUAUGAAAGUAUAAUACUACAAGGUAGACCAAAGAGUUAUGUUUAAACUGUUUAAAAAUGUUUAAAAAUUAAUUGCCUAUCAUUUUAACUAUGGCAUUAUAAAAUUAAUAAAUUUGUUUAUAAAAUGAAAAAAGUAUUUAACAUCUAUAUACAUAUAUUUUCAUAUAUUUAGAUGUUAGUCUAUAGAUUAUUAUUAAUAAGUAAAAACUAUUAUUUGGGUAAUCACAUAGUCACCUGAAUUAAGAUGGUGAAUGUUAGACAUAUUUUUAUGGCGCGAAAAAAAAUUAUUUUUAUUACUGUAUCUUGUAUUUGAUGAAAAAUAAUUAUUAUUUCUAAGUGAUAGUUAUUGAUUAUAAAAGGUUCAAUAUGAAUAUUACAUAUUUUGUACUAUGAAAUAAAAAUAGCUAAUUCCAUAAUUUAAAUAUUUGCUUCAACAAUAGUGAAGAAAGAUAAGAUUUAGAUUUGCAUAACGGUGGCAUGCAUUUAAAGAUGAAGUUAAUGUUGCUUGUUUUUUAUUAAAAGUACUCAUGCUAUGUAAAAAAAUACUAUUAAGAAAAUAGAAUAGAAUUUCUAUUAAAUGUAAUAAGUGUUGAA